CUAUUUGAGAUUUGCUAAAUGAGUAGGCGUAACAUGGACUCGCAUUCGCGCUAUGGACGCAGCUUUUCUGGUGGCAGCGCUGGCGGCGGAGGCAACAAUAGCGGCAAUAGCCAAUACAGACGCUACAGUCGCUCCCGUUCGCGUUCUCGGGAUCGUAACCGGGACCAGGCUGGAUACAGGCGCCGAAAUUCACGUUCGCGGAGUCGCGAACGCUCUAUGCAUCAUCGCAAUGCUGGCAGCGAUGACAAGGAUCUGUAUCGCGAUCUAAUUAACGAUGAUUACAAUGAGGAUCGAGGCAGCAGCUACAGCGGCUAUAACAAUUCGCGCACCAAUAAUUAUCACAGUCGUCGCGACGAUAACUAUGAUAGUGAGCGCGAACGUGAACGUGAACGUGAUAGGGAUCGGGAUCGGGAGCGUGAUCGCGAUCGUGACCAGCGCUGGAAAAACUACGAUCGAGAGCCACGUGAACGCAACUCUGAUUAUGAGCGCGGCAUGGAGCGCGGUCGCGACUAUCGCUCGCACAACAAUGGAAACGGCAGCAGCGCAGUCCCCGGCAACAGCCGUGAUCGCGACAGACGAUAUCCCUCCGAUGAAGACAGCUAUGACAGCGAUGAGAGCGACGACAGCCAAUAUCGUCGCAAUCACAUCCGGACCAGCAACGAGGCUCUCAAUCAAAUUAUUAUAUUUGGUUUGAAAAAGCACAUCACCGAGGCGGACAUAAUGGGCGCACUGAUACAAGUGAAUAUGGAGCCUUCUUCUAUACGGCUUAUACGCAAAAGACCUACAGGUGCAUCACGCGGUUUCGCAUUUGUCGAGUUUAAUACCGUUGAGGAAGCAACACGUUGGAUGGAUAUAACCCAGGGCACUUUGAAGCUGGGCGAUCAACGCGUUUCGCUGCAAUACAGCCACAAGCGCAUCACCGACUGGCAUUGCGUUAAGUGUGGCGUCUACAAUUUCAAGCGUCGUUUCUCCUGUUUCAUGUGCAUGGCAUCUCGCGCGGAAAGCGAAAGCAUCUUCUCUGGCGGCGGCGAGGGCAUCGACGAAGUUAGCCCAAUUCUUACAAAAAAGAUCAUGCUGCGCAAUCUGGACGCGCUGACCAACGAGGAGAGUGUGCUAACUGCUCUGCAGAAGGUGCUGCCCAAAUUGGCCAAAACCAUUAAUAAGGUGCUCAUCAGUCGCGAUACGCUGACCCAAACGUCACGCGGCAUUUGUUAUCUGAACUUUGAGACGCUUGUCGACUCGAUGGAUGUGCACAAUGCGCUAACCACUCUGGAUCCACCGCUCCGGAUCGAUGAUCGUGAUGUCUGCAUCAGCUACUGCAUGGACACUGAGAAUCGCCAGAUAUUGCCAAAGGACACGCAAGAAGGCAGCAUUCAUAGCGGUGCUUUGGCCGCUGUACCACCUUCGGAAGCGGGCGGUGUAUAUACGCUAGCCGAUGUGCCGCGCCUGGCCGAGUACAGUGCCUCGCUUUAUGCAUCCACGCCGGCCGAGCAUGCCCAUUAUGUGCAGUAUUACACUGAUUAUUAUUUGGCUGAGAUCAAGAAGGGCGGCGGACAGCUGCUUAGCGGCGGUGACGCUCAAGUGACUGAGGCCAACUCUGGCGCUGCUGUGGCCCUAUCGGCCAUACAACGGAAGCAGAAGAAGAUUAACAGCAUAGAGACGACAGCCACAGCGGCGGCAGCAGCAGCAGCACAUGCAGCUGCUGCGGUGAAGGCAACGUUUGCGGCACAGAAUGUGGUUGCGCCCAGGGGCAAUGAUGGCAAAACCUAUCCUACGCCCGAUGUAUCUCGCUAUCAAUAUGAUGAAACCUCUGGCUACUAUUACGAUCCCAGCACGGGCUUGUAUUACGAUGCGCACUCGCAGUACUAUUACAACAAUGAGACGGGCGCCUAUUUGUACUGGGAUCAGCGGCGGAGCACGUACAUACUGGCGACACCGGCAUCAACGCAAGCCGCACUGGCGGAGUCACUGGCCCAGGAAUCGCACGCUGAAAAGGAUGAGGAGGCGGCUAAGAAGGAGAAGGGCAAAGAUAAGGACAACAAUAAGCAUGAUAAGGUCAAGGUGGCCAAGAAAAUCGUCAAGGAUAUGGAAAAGUGGGCCAAACAAUUAAAUCAGAAAAAAGACUAUACUGUGGUGGCCACGCCGCAGCCCAUAUUACCUGGACGCGGUGAUCCCGGCGAGGGGCCGAGCACAUCACGUGCUGCGGCUGGCGCCUAUGCAGAUGUGGGUUUCUCUAUACUCGAAAAGAAAGAACGUGGCAAGCUGGGCGACUAUGUGCCUACGCCAGCCGCUGCACCAAUUAAUAAAUUGGUAAAUGCCUACGGCGGCGGCUCCGAUUCCGAUGAGGACAAUGGCGGCGCUGGUGGCGGGGCCGGCAACGGCGGACCUGUCGAUGAAAUGGACUACGUAGACUUCCAGAAACUAACCUGUCUGCUGUGCAAACGUGCCUUUCAAUCACAUGAUAUACUACAGAAGCAUUUAAAAAUGUCCAAUUUACAUAAGGAGAACUUGGCUAAGCUCAACAUGGACCGCGGUGCCGGCGGCAGCAGCGAAGACGCAGCGGGCGCAGGCCUAUCCUACCGUGACCGUGCCAAGGAGCGACGACUUAAGUAUGGUGAGGGCGAUCCGCCGCCGCCAAAUCGCAGUCGUGAGCGCUUCGAACAUGAGAUAAAAAAUAUGCAGAAACGACAGAAGGAUGGCGGUGCUGCGCCCGCCAUGCCCAUCAGCUCAAAUAAUGUGGGGAACCGUCUGCUGCAGAAAAUGGGCUGGUCGGAGGGUCAGGGUCUGGGGCGCAAGAACCAGGGACGCACACAGAUCAUUGAGGCCGAGGCGCGCUCGAACAAUGUGGGCCUGGGCAACAAGAGUAGCACUCUGGCGCCUGGUGACGAUUACAAAACGUACAUUAAGAAAAUGAUGAAAUCACGCUAUGAGAAUGCUUGAAUUUAAUUGGUUAAUUAUUGGGUUAUAACAAUUAGGUUUGAUUUGAUGAUAUCAUUUGAAUUAUGCAUACAAAUUGUUUACCUCAAUUUUCAUUACGUUACAUGUCAUACCAAUCGCAUAACUUAGCUGAAAUACGUUUAGUGUAAUAAUCGUUGUAUAUAAUAAAUAUAUAUAAUUUAAUAUAUUAAA